AUGCCGACGUCGAUGUGGACCAACUCGACCGACGCCUACAUCAACUACACGGUGUACGCCGCCCCCACCGACCGAAUACCGGAUACCUUGAGACUGACGGCUAAGCAGGUACGUGAUAGGCUGCUGGGUAGCACCCUCCCCUUAUUCGGAAGCGAGCUCGCGAAUUUCAUCAAGAACAGUGAGCAGUCUUCGAAAUUCAAGGACCUGUUGUGGCUGCCUGUCGUCCUCCGUGCACAUCUGCCCCCUAGCCCCGAUCCUCCGACACCAUAUCAGGUUGUGAGCAACGUAGCGGCGCGCUUCGUUAUUCGUUUUUCCGGCAACCCGAGCGACUGGGAGAGGGUGUUGGAGGGCGAUUCCACGGCUCUCAAUCACAGCAUCAGGAUGAGUGCGGAAAUGGCAUUGGGCCGUCGCCUGUACGUCACCGAGGUGAGCAUCACACACUUUAAGCCCAUCAAGGAUGGUGGCAGGCGAACCGAGGGUCUCCUGGCGUACGGCGAAGCACGGCAGGAUCGGACGGUGAUGGCGCAGCACCCGUGGGACGCAAGGGACAUCAUCAGCGUACUCUCCAAAGGAGACUACAGCGCGGCGCUCGCGCUCUGCACGGGAGGGCAGGCACCAGCGAAGCUGAUCGCGGUGGGCCUCGACGCCGACUUCGGGGAUGUUACGACGGUGCACCACCUGGUGCUAUUUUGCAUCGUCAUCUGCCUCGCGGCUGGCACGAUUCUUGCCGUUCUAUUACGUUUUCUCAUUUCGUAUUUUUGCGUGCAAACGAAGCUAGGAUGGUCUGAGGAUGGUCACGUGGCGCCUGGCUUAUCGUGCAAUAAGUCGAGCUUCAUGCAUCUCAAGAACACGACACGUUUGCCGUAUCCUACGGCACACGGUAAGCAGCAGGGCUCUGAAAAUUACCAACCUGCUGGGAACUACAUACAAUGCCACAGCAAAAAUAAGCCUGAGGACCAUGCACCUUUAGGAAAUAAAUAG